CUCUUCUCUCAAACACCGUUGAACACAUCAAUCUCACAAAUCUCUCUCUCUCUCACCCUAAAAAAAACCAAAUCAAUAAUUUUUAAUUUUUAAUAAUAAUUAUUAUCAUCAUCAUCCUCCAGAUCAAAAUCAAGUGCCGAAUCUCAAUGUCUUGAACCGCGUUAUCAAGCUAUGGCUAACAAAAACGGAGAAACUUCUUCACAGUCCCCUCAGGUGCAGCCACCACCACAGCAACAACAACCACAGCACCAGCAGCAGCAGCAGCAGAAUGCUAAUGAACAAGAGUUGGAGCAACAUGGCGACACCUGUAGUAUUCCUCCCGCGCAGACUGGAAACGCAGACGCGCGUUCUCGUGGUGGCAACACGGUAUUCAAGAGUGGACCGCUAUCUAUAUCAUCAAAAGGGCUUGGGUGGACAUCUUGGAAGAAAAGAUGGUUUAUUUUGACGCGCACUUCACUGGUUUUCUUUCGAAGUGACCCGAGCGCAGUCCAACAGAGGGGCAGUGAGGUCAAUUUAACCCUUGGGGGAAUUGAUCUCAACAAUUCAGGCAGUGUGGUUGUUAAGGCAGAUAAAAAGCUGUUGACUGUUCUCUUCCCCGAUGGUCGUGAUGGACGCGCCUUUACACUCAAGGCUGACACUAUGGAGGAUCUAUACGAGUGGAAAACUGCUCUAGAAAGCGCUUUGACACAAGCACCUAGUGCUUCUCAUGUUAUGGGGCAAAAUGGUAUCUUCAGGAAUGAUCAUGCAGAAGCCCCUGUUGGCGUUGAUGAACAACAGAAAGAUGAGACGCCUCCAAAAUCAUCCGUCAUUGGAAGACCAGUUUUACUUGCUCUAGAAGAUGUUGAUGGAGCUCCAUCUUUCUUGGAAAAGGCCCUUAGAUUUGUUGAAGAUCAUGGUGUCAGGAUAGAAGGAAUUUUGAGACAAGCUGCUGAUGUUGAUGAUGUUGAACAUCGGAUUCGUGAAUAUGAGCAAGGGAGAAAUGAGUUCACUCCCACGGAGGAUGCUCAUGUUAUUGCUGAUUGUCUUAAGUAUUUUCUCAGAGAGUUGCCUUCCUCUCCGGUGCCUGCAUCUUGUUGCAACGCCCUUCUGGAAGCUUGCCGUACUGACCGUGGCAAUAGAGUCAAUGCUAUGCGGGAAGCAAUUUGUGAAUCAUUCCCUGAACCAAAUCGGCGCCUUUUGCAAAGAAUCCUGAUGAUGAUGCAGAUUGUGGCCUCCAACAAAAAUGUGAACCGGAUGAACACGAACGCUGUUGCAGCUUGUAUGGCACCAUUACUUCUUCGACCUCUUCUGGCUGGCGACUGUGAAAUUGAAAAUGACUUUGAUGUCGGCGGUGAUGGUUCUAUGCAACUUCUGCAAGCAGCUGCUGCAGCAAAUCAUGCCCAGGCUAUAGUGAUAACAUUGUUAGAAGAAUAUGAAAGCAUAUUCGGAAUAAAUGAUAAUUUAAGCUCUGAAUCCAAAACCCCAAAAGGAAGUACGGAGCCCCAAGUUAUUAAGAAGCUUUUAUCUGGCUCUAAACGAUCUUCUCUACCACGGCAUAAUGAUGCCAAAAAAGAUGAGAAUAUCCGAGUUAAAGGUUUUGAUAAUACAGAGGUAAAGCCUGUUGUAGAAGUCUUAACAUCUGAGGAUAAGAGCUCAUCGACAUCAGAUGUGGCAUCACCCAGUUUAAAACCGGAGACAUUAACCAGUCCACCAGGAGGAAGUAAAAGGCACUGGGGCCGUACCUCUGGGAAGAGAAACCUUUCCAUGGAGUCUAUUGAUUUCGCAGCGGAAGUGGUCGAGGACGAUGCUGACAUUGAAAGACUUGAGUCAACCAAAUUGGAGCUGCAAGACAGAAUUUCAGAAGAGGUUAAAAACAAUGCAGUUCUACAGACUAGUUUGGAGCGACGGAAGAAGGCUUUGUACGUGCGGCGCCAAGCUCUAGAGAAAGAUGUGGAAAGACUACAAGAACAAUUGCAGCAAGAGAGAGACAGGAAGUUAGCUUUGGAAGCAGGACUGAACAUGUCAAAAGGGAAUCAACCUAUUCCGGAAAUAACCGAUGAAAAGUUGAAGAAAGAUCUGCAAGACGUAGCUCAGGCGGAGGUUGAUAUUGCCAACUUGGAACAUAAGGUUGAUGAUCUUGAAAACAGACUUGGUCAUCAGGACGUAAAAGCCUCUGGUUCAACGCAUGGUUCCAGCAAAGAAUCUCGAAAAACUCCAGAGCACAAUGCAAAGAUGAAGGAGAAACAAAAGGAUACCGAAACAGGCUCUUCGCUCAAGAUCCGUAACGUUUUGCAGGAUGGACAAGGAGGUGCAAGAGAAAAUGAGAUAGAGAAGCAACAAGAUCAACGGAGCAAAAGCUCGCAACAAGAAAUGCCACGAGGCAGCUCAAAGCUUGCGGGCAUGUCUAAGAGGUCUGGCUCAAAGGGAGAGGGAACGACAACAACUUCUGCACUUUCCAAAUUGACAAUGCGACUCAACUUCCUGAAGGAGAGACGUAGUCAGAUCGCGAACGAGCUCUUAAACAUGGACAAAGGAAGAAGCUCAGGGCAAGCCAGUCCAUCCUCGGGGCAAAACCAAAGUUUGCAAGAAACGGAAAAAGGAACAGGGUCGAACCAGGAUUCGGACAGCAGCAAACACCAGAGCCCACAUGUUCUUGACAGAGGAAGAUCCGAGAACGGAGGAGACAGAGGAGACAGAGGCAGAGGAUCUGGAGGAAACAAUCCCAACACUACAUCGAGGACCUUCUCCAGAUGAUCUCUCUUUAUUAUAGAGCUGCUUAAUAACCACCCACUUCCCCAGAUGUACAGCCACCAUUUAACUCCAGGUCCAUUUAUAAUGCUUAUUCUUCGCCUCAACAACAAAUAACAGAUUCAUUCUUUUUAGUCUCUCUAUUUAUCACUCUCUCUCUGAUCUUGCUUCAAAGACCAAAUAUACUACACUACUUUUGUUGUGUUUGUGUUUUUGCUCUGUUAUUUUGGUAGAGACCAUCACAUCAGUAUAGGAACAAAAAUUGAUUUGUAUUAUAAGUUAUGACAACAAUGCUUGAUCAAAAAUAUGUUGAAGAUUCCUCUUCCCUUCUGUGUUCGCUAUUCCAAAAUGAAAAAAAACCAAUAUAAAUAAAUAAUUUCUAUCAAUGCUAGUAGUAUUCUUCUUCUUAGUCGUCAUCAUCUUCAUCUCCAACAAUAAAAGAAUGAUCAAAAAUCCCGAAGCAGCUUCUUCACUUGCUCCAAUGUAACGAAGAGCACAACAGUGAAAGGCCCUUGCCUACAAACUGUAGGAACAAAGCCUUUAUAAAGAGCCAUGGGUCCUUCUGCUCUAACCGUCUUCACCGCACAAUCCCAAGCGCCUUUGUACGGAGCCUCCGCACCAGGCGCCUCCACCUUCAUAUUCAUCACCCUCGUCUUUAUCACGUCCACCGGAUUCGACGCAACAGCCGCCACGAGCCCCGCCGCGAAACUCGCCACCACGUGAGUCCCGAGCCCAUCCUUCAUCACACCUCUCUCCACUAUCCCUUCCUUGAACUGAUCGUACGACGCCAGCUGAGCCGCCGACACUAUCAUCGCUCGGUUAAUCGUAAGUGCCGAGCCACGCCACAAGCUCACUACGCCUUCUUGCUUCGCCAUCCUCCUGAUUGCGUCUCCUACCCCCGCGUAAUUACGGCGCUGCGCUAAAGGAAGCCUCCCGUCCGCUUGCAUCCGUACCAUCGCCACGUCGGCUGGGUUCCCGACGGCGGCUCCGAUCCCGCCGGCCACUAGCCCCGCGCCGAUUUUCCGAGUCAGGCUCAGCUUCCCCGACUCGGGAUCAGUCCACUUGUUCUUCAGCACCUCGUAAAGACCCAUCCUGGUGGUGGAAUAGAGCGACUGCCGGAGAAGUGUGGCGGAGACGCCGGAGAAUAGCCCAGCGGCGCCUUCCGCCUUGACGAUGUUGAUUCCGAGGGAGAUUGGCCCUAUUUUGGGAACCGAAGAGGUCGUCUCCAGGAAAGCUGCAGGAGAAUUGUGGAAAGCGAGAGCAGGACGGAGGAGAGUGACGGUGGCGGGAACGGCGGAAGCUUCCCCGUGGAGCUGAAGACGAACCUUGAUGAGAUCGAGAGGGUGAGUUGAGCAACCGGCGACUACAGAGGCAAUCCCACCUUCCACGAAACUUUUGACGCCCAUUGUUGUACAAAUUGGAUUGAACUAAGAGGAAGAGGGAGAAAACGAGAGAUGAGAGAGUGAAGAAGAAGAAGAGAGGGAAAGAAAGGUAUUUGUAGUGAGUUUUGUGACGCGUUUUUGUGUUGUGGCGAAAGCUGUUAAAUGUUGACGAACGCUCUUUCAACUUCUUCGUAGUCAGAAGUGAGAGUGGGUAUGCUCAUUAAAGUAAACCCUAAUUGCGUAGUCAGCCUCGCCGGUUAUAUAUAAAACUAGUCAAAGUUAAAUAAAAGAAACACGUGUGUGUGAGUGAUUCAGUCAGAGACGGCCCAUUGUUUCCUUUAUGGGCUUACGAGCAAGAUUAAUUGGGCUACUUAUCAGUUUGACGGAAAAAAAAUUACCGUCGCCUGAGAGAUUCGAACUCUCGCGGGCUGAGCCCAAGGGCUUAGCAGGCACCCCUUAAC